AUGUGUAGCGUAAUACCAUCUUUAUUCAAGAAAGUGGACGUGUCAUGUUCAUGUACAAAUUGUGACUCUGUAUUUUGUUUUGCGAAGGACAAUGAGGUCAAGUCCUGCUCGUGCGAGGACUGCUCAGGCUCCAAGACCUGCCUGUUCUACUCCGCCGUUGGCUUAUAUGGGAGUCACUCAGACGCAACGAAUGCUCGUUCUUCUUCAAGAACAUUGCCGAAUGUUGUGACCGAUGUAGCUCGAUACAUAGCUUCCAGUGUAGCUCAGUUAGUAUCUCCUCAAACUAUCAAUCCAACUGUCAAUUCAUCAUGUUGUGCAGCCACAUCGCCAACUACUACAACAACAACUAAUGACACCGGUACUAAUACAAUAGAAUUGUAUAGAAAACUUAAUUUACAAUGUUCGAGAAAUAAAAUAGAACAAUUAAAGAAGACAUACUUGUCACAUAAAAAGAAACCUAGCGCACCUGCCUUGGCAUGCGAUGCAAAUGCCUGCCAGACAGAGCAACAGGAUUUCAUAACAAAAAAACCUGUAGCAAGUGAUCGUACAACGGGAAUUUAUAGAACUGAGAUAUUAAAACAAAAAUUGGCUGCGGAAGCACUUAAAAAUAUUUAUGUGCCAGAUUUAGCUUCAAAUAAAAAACCCACUGGAUGUACUAUAGAUUCAAAUAAAAAUAAUCAAAUCGAUCAGUGUCCUCAAAACAAGCCAAUCAAACCAGCAAAUAAAGGAUCAGAAAGUUUUGAUUUUACUCAUAUAUUGGAUUCAAAUUGGAAUACAAUUGAAACACCUGGAUAUCAAUAUGCACACAAAUCUCAAAAUUGUCAAUGUAUUGACUGUGUGAAACAUAACGAAGAAAAGGACGCCACCCACGUACUUAUGUUUGAGCCUCCUGGAUAUAUACUUGAUUUACCGAAAAUUCAAUUAUCACAGAAGUAUAUAUCUCACUCGACGUCUUGCAGUUGCGAAGGUGAGAAAUCAAAGGUACCUAAGGAAUGCACAAAUGUAUCAGAUACUGCACAGAAAGAAAAGUGUGCGUGUGUGACGAAAAAGAUGUCUGGUUCUCAACAAGGCGGUCAAUGUGAAUCCAAUGCAAAAUGUAAAUGUGUAACACAGAAGCUGGAGAAACCUGAAAGUAAAAUUAAAUGUACGGAUAGUAAGAACAGUAAAGUUGAUGCUGCUGGACAUGUAACGGAUGUACCGACAAACAACGUACCAAUUAAAACAUGUGUUGAUAAAUUGAAAGAAAAUUGUUUUAAUAAUUCAACGUUUUGUAGUUACCAUGUUGAAGAACAAAAACCUACACAUAAAAUUGAAGAAAAGAAACCUGAAACUGAAUCGAAAGGAACCGAUCAAUCACCGCUCAUUUCAAAGGACACGAAUAUUAAAAAUACACAAGACCCGAAUCAAGUUAAACUUGAAACACUGCAAGAAGUAUCCAAAAAAGAUAAUUGUGAGUGCAAUGUAACAGGAAAAGUAAAAUAUGAAUCUAGUGGGUAUGUUUUAGAACUGGAACAAUAUAAGCCAACGAAAAACGCCCAAGACUUAGUUAAAGAUGUACUUGUGACACAAGAAAAUGUUGUGACUGAACUACCAGAUACGAAUAUGCUUAAGAAAAAAUUAUGUGAGUGCAAAGCAAAACCAAAAAGUAAGGUUGAGCCAUCUGGAUAUGUGUUUGACUUACCAAAAAGUAUACCUAAACAGAAAGGUUGCGAUGUUGUAUCUAACCAGAAAUGUAACGAGAUUAUAUGUAAUGAUAAAAAGAGUUUGGGAAGUGGUACUUCUAAAACCAAAAUCGAAUUGCCAGGAUAUGUAUUUAAACAAGUAAUAAUACCCGAGAAGAAAAAGUGUGAAUGUAGUGAACCACCAAAAUUAAUAGGAUUUACAUUCGAGUCACCUAAAGUUGUACACUGCGUGAACAUGGAACCUCGUGAUGUAUGUGGAUGUUCAGCCUUUAAUGAAAAUAAUACAAAUAUGAACUGUAAAUGUAGAUCAACAGCAAAGUGUAAAUCGUCUGGGUUUAUGCUUGAUUUACCAACGUAUAAACCUUGUCCAUCAGCACGGAAAGAUAGUUGUGGAUGUCAAGGGCUAGACAAAAAUAAGACAGGAUCAUAUGGAAAUGUGCUUGACUUCCCAAAGACUACUCAAAAAAGUUGUAAGUGUCCAGAAUCUACAAAAAACACAUUUGAUAUUAAUCGACUUGAAAUGUCAUCCAAAAAUUCAAAUAAAAAUAAUGAGAGCUGUGUGUGUAAAGGAACAGCUAAAUGUAGACAAUCUUCUACACCAGGGUAUGUGGUUGAUUUGCCAACAAAUAAGUCUGACGGUUGUGCGUGUCCUAAACCGCCAAAACCGCCGAUAGCUGAAAAUAAAUGUGAAUGUAAUGAUGCAUGCAGAAAUAUAGCAAGUUCCAAUCAAGAAGGAUUUAACAAUAAAGAUUUAGAAGAAUUAGCUGCAAAAUGUAAAGAUAAACGAUCUGGUUAUAUUUUUGAUUUACCGGUGACUAAGCCCCAGAAAGGUAACUGCGAAUGUCGGGAGACAAAAGAAAAGGUAAAUCAACCAAUAUGUAUGCCUAAACCAAUACCACCUAAAAAAAAUUGUGAAUGUUCCGAACCAGAAAAUAAAGUAGAUUUAAGUAAAUACGUUUAUGUGUUACCGAAACCAAAACCACAAACUAGUUGCUGUAAAUGCUGUCCUCAAAUGACACAACAGAAACCCAUACCAGAAACAAAAAAAAGUACCUGUGAAUGUCGUGAGGAAAAAAACAAAGUGGAUCAACCAACAUGUAUGCCUAAACCUAAAAAAUGUGAUUGUCCAGAACCAGAAAAUAAGGUAGAUUUAAGUAAAUAUGUAUAUGUAUUACCGAAACCACCUAGUACAUCCAAGACUAACAUUAAGUGCGAUUGUCGCCAGUCAAAAAAUAAGAUUAAUGCUGAGUCUAAUCAACCGGUAUGUACGCCUAAGCCAAUAAAACCGAAAGAACCGAAAGUCAACUGUCAAUGCCCUCGUGAAUCGGUAUCAUGUAAAUCUAAACCAAUAACACAACUAGAACCUUGUGAGUGCCCUUCUAAAACAAAAGAACUGGGAAUGGAUUCGUCGGGUUACGUGUUAGAUUUGAAGCCAUCAAAAAAAAAAAGUUGUGUAUGUACCCCUUCAGAACAAAAUAAAUCCGACUUAGCUGGAUAUGUCUUAGAACUGCCUCGAUAUAAACGUACUGAUCAUAAGCCUGACAAAUGUGAAUGUACAGCAAAAAAGAAAACAGCAUCAAAAGCCAAUCAAGUAUACAGAAUUGAGACAUCUGUCAUAUCUCCGGAAACACAAAAUGUAUGCAAUAAUAUGCUUGGCAAACAGUCGGAUACAAACGAGUUGCUUAAAAAUUUGUGUGCGCCACGCUCAACACUAAAGAAACAUACUGAUCUAUGUAAAAACAUACUGAAAACACAAACAGAAGCAAUUGAAAUACUAAAAAAGAUAUAUUUACCUCAAAAAGAGUUUCCGAAAUCGCCGACAAACUCUGAUGAACCCAACAAAAAUCUAAAUAUGUCUAGUGAUGAUAAAACAAUAGUCACAUGCCCUAAAGAAUGUCAAAUGACUGAAGCUGAAGCCGACGAAGCUGCGCAUUUACUCGGUACAGCGAUGCUUAGUGCCGAAGUGAUGAAUAUGCCUUAUACAGAAUUUAAUGAUUCUUUAGCUCCCAAGCAAUCCGAUAUGGAUAAACCAACAAAACUGUCAAAAUAUGAUAUUUUUAAAAGAAUAAAAGAAGCUUACAAAGCUUGUAGUUGUAAAGUUUGUGAAUGUAUUGCCGGUAAGGUCAAAUCCGAGGCUUGUAAUUGUAAGCCUUGUGAAUGCAACGAAUGUCUGAGCUACAUAAAUCAAACUGAAACAAAAACAUCAAACAACGGCAUGGGCAUUAACAGAAAAUAUCAAUGCCAUAGAUGCAUAACCGACAAACAUUUAAGAACUGAGCAUGGAACAAGCGACCAACAAAUGUGUGAUUGUAAACCUUGUGAUUGUGUUGAAUGUGCUAAAGUUAUGGCGAAACUGUGUGAUUGCGAACCAUGCCAGUGUGUGGAAUGUAAAACAAGAAGUAUUCACCAACGGCAAACUUUAGUAGUUGCGCCUGUUGGAAGAGAAGAGAAUGUUCAACGUUUAGCAUGUUCGUGUUCGCCAUGUGAUUGCAUCGAAUGUGGACUCGUUCACUCUUUGCCUUCUAACGUAAUGCAUGAAAUGGCAACGGGCACGAAUAGACAUGCUUUAUGCAGAUGCGAAAUUUGUCUCAACGAAGUUUGUGAUCAACAUGGAAUUGAUUCCUGUUUAUGUCAAAGGCGAAAUAAGGUUAUGAGUAAACCAGUUGAAAAAAGUACUCAUGAUUUCGAUAUACGAACAGCUACAACGAAUUAUAAUAAACCCCUAUAUACACGGAGAAAAAAGAAAUCUUCAACCCAUGAUACUAUAGCAAUGUACGCAGCAGUACCUACGAAUUACCAUGCCUUAACCUCUAAUGAUGACAUAUCAAGCAAUUAUCAAAUGUGUAAUUGCGACGAAUGCGAGUGUUUACAUUGCAUUUGCCAAGACGAAGCAGUUAUGAACAUAAAAUCGUCUCAACUGUUUUCUUCUUUUAGAACAAUAACAAAAUCCGAUCUGAAUGUCCCCAGCAAGUCCAUAUUAAACUCUCAUGAAGAUUGUAAAUCGCAAAGGUCAUGUAGUUGCCAAUUGUGCAAAAGACAGUAUGAUUACAGCCAUAGUAUUUACACUUCAGCUUCCAAUUUUACCGAAGACUGCGAAUGUGAAACUUGUGAAUGUAUAAAAUGUGGAAGGGAUAUAAAAUCUGACCGUUAUCUGUCGAACAUUUCAUGUCAAAGUAUCAAAUCAAAACCCACCUAUGAUAUUAAUUAUAGAGAAGAAAUGCUUGGGACUGCUUUACCACUUAUUAAAAAAGGUGAAGUGUUAACUCCAUCUACCCAUAGAUUUAAAGUACAAAAUCAAGUUUUGCGAAAACAAAACUCUAAUGCAUUAAGCGUGUCAGUAAAGGAGGUGAUGUCAAAUAAAAAAUCCCCAAUAACUAUUAUUUCUCACAAAUCGACAAAUCAAAGUUCAAGGCUUUCUAAGCAAUCAUCCCGAAUGAGUCCCUCAAUCAAAAUAGGUUCCAUCACAAAAGCAAAUAUAAUUGAUACAAAAAAGACACAGAUUAUAAAUAAAAAUAAUUCUAUAGAUAAUGAAGUAUCAAGUUACUUCUCUGGUUAUUCGUCGUUUAAUACUUCCCCUAUCGCAUCUGGUCACAGAAAAUAUGGAGGUAGUGCCAGUCCAAUAUCGCGAAAUAAAUAUAAGUCUUGGGAAAGCUCUUGCAACAGUUCUGGCCACGAUUACCCAGAAUAUUUAAUACAAUUUCCACCAUCGACCUUAGAUACUGGUUUAGUAGAUGUAAUGGAAUUAAACAGUAACCAAACAAAAAGUUCAGAAAAAUCAAAUUUAUCUCCAAACAGUUAUUCAAAUUAUAACAUUGACAAAUUAUCGUACGAUGAUGUAUCCACUAGAGAAAACACUACAGAUAAAAGUAGUCUUUUAGAUACAUUUAAAUCCGAGAUGACUUCCAAUAAACAAAAUGAAUUAAAAAAAUCACAAAAAGGACAAAUAUAUUAUGAUUCUCACAACAACCGUGAUGAAAUAUCCUGUUGCCGUGACGUACCAGAACAUGCUGUUUUAGCAAGUUCUCAAUUUUACAAGUUAGAAAUGAAACACAAAUCAAAUUAUCAGAAGAAUCAAAAUAUCAAAUCUAUUACAAACAAGGAUGACUUACAAGACUCUACAUAUUUUAUAGAUAGCAGAUGUUCAUUAAAAAAUGAUAGAAAGAAGACAAAAGAUUUUAAUUUGGUCAAUAAUCUUAAUAAUUUUUAUCGGGCUCGAAAAGUCUUUGAUUCUAAAAUAGUGCAGAAAAAAACCGCCAGCGUUGUAUUACCUGUGCAUAGAGAAUUACAUAACAAUAAUAAUAAAAUUUGGUACCCGAAAUGUAUACCGCGUCCAUCUCUAAUUAAUUAUAAUACUGAAAUUAUAAACGCAGCUGAUUUUAAAAGAGUACGCAAAACUCUUAAGGAAGCUAAAGAGUUUUCUUUGGAGUUGAUGAGGCUGCUAAUCAUGUAUGAAAAUGCAAACAAAGAAUUUGAAAGUAUUUCUGACAAGCUGAAACUAUCCCACGCAUGUCUGAUUAGUGGCGAUUUUGAAGUUAGGAGAGAGGAAAACAGUGAUAAAAAUAAUGUUAUGAAGAGAAAACAAGAUCAAGAAAAGUCCUAUAACUUAAUAGAAAAUGCGUUACAUGGUAGACGCUCGGAACCAAAAUCAGCUGAACUGAAUACAGAUUUACAAAUAACCACCAUAUGUAACAAGAAUAUUUCAAAUUUGGAAAAAGUUAAAAGAGAAGAUAAUUGGUCCGAAGAUAUUGCUCAAACACGAAAACUAAAUCUAUUAGAAGAAAUUGAGUUUAAUUUAAAUAGAAAUGAACAAUCUCAUACUGACAUGGCAAAAGCAAAAACCAGUGAUCAAAUUGAAGCUGCAGAAAACAUAGAGGCGGAAAAAGACAUCACAAACGUCUCCAAUCGAAUAGCCGAGAACAACGAAGACAUAAGACAAAAAGAGCAAAUAAAUAAGAAAAAUUAUACAAAAUACAAGAAGCCGAGACGAAAAGUAAUCAUAUCAAAAAAGAUUAGUGUGCGAAACUCGAAUGAAAUGAAAACCAAAUCAUAUGUAAAGCAGCGUGUAACUUUUGGAACAUCAACCACUGAGCUGUCUGAUAGCACUUCAAAGAGUAUAAACGAGCCCCAUACGAAGCUAUCGGUUAAUUUUUCUGAAAAAGUGGAUCAACAAAAAUGUAAUGCAGAAGAACAUUACAAUAAUUUGAAGCAGAUAAUGAGAAAAAUAGACACCGUUUUUGCAGGUAUCGAAGAGAAUCCUAUAACAACUUCUACUGAAACUAAUGAGUUUCAUAACCACUUGGAUAGCUACGCGUCCAAUAACACUGUCAAACAUGAAAUUAAAGAUACAAGCCCUUGGCCAAUUUUACGCAAAAACUUCAGUUGGAGUGCUAGACCUCAAACAAAGAGUAACGUUUCCAAUUUUCCAUCGUUGGACCUUCAAAUAAAGCAAAGAGUGCAGUCAAUAUCACAACAGACUGCUACACCCAGGAAGAGACGACACGAAAAUAAAGCUUUAGCCAGUCUACAUGUUGAAGUGCAGAAACUCUUGGAUAUGCCAAUAUUACAAUCGCAACAUUGUAACAAAUAUCCUGUCGAAUAUCCGAAAGAAAUCUUGAAGACUCAGCCUAAGACAAUAACUGAAUCAAAGUUUGAAGAAAUGCCAGAGUCGUCAUACAGGCGUAAGGUGGAUAAAGAAGCGCGUGGCAGUUACGCGGGAACAAUGAAAUCAAAAUUCGACGAAACUUCAGGAUCGUUGGGAUCAUGCUGGAGUAUGGUGGAUGAAGGAGAGGGUUGCAGUGUCGAGAAUAAUAUUGAAUUGGAGUACGAAGAGAGACCAAAGUUGGUACCGACAUACAGUGAAAGAGUGGAUAGAGGAGUGUUUUGCAAUUUAACAAAUAAAUUGGCACCGGAAUCUAAAGAAUCUUUAGUCUUUACAUUCGUGUUGGAGUCUUGUGCGUGA